UAUCGCUCUCUCUAACCCCCACCUCGAUUCCGUUACUACAAAAAAAAACCCCAGAAAAAACAUUGAGAAAAUGACAAAACAAUAAUAAUGGAGGCUUGUAAUACAGUCGAACGUGAGCUCGAUAAAGUUUUAUUAAAAUUUACGGACAUAAAUGAUCAAGCGAAUGCUGUCCUACGCGAUCUGAUAAAUGAAAUCGAGACGUUCAAGCGUGAAUUAGAUCAAGCACCAGCUGACCAAGAACUUACACCAAAACAAAUCGAAUUAUUGAAACAAUCGGUAACAAAAGUACGCGAUACUGUACACCGUUUAGCAACAGACCAUCGCGAAGCACAUAGCGCUGUUUCAAAAGUUGGUAAAGCGAUUGAUAGAAAUUUCAUCGCUGAUUUUGCCAGUACUAGUCGCGAAGAUGUAUUCAAUGGUGCUGAAAAAACCCAAUUACUUAAUCAAGUUAUUUGUCAGCAUUUUUAUCGCCAAGGAAUGUUGGAUAUUGCUGAAGAAUUAGCUUCUGAGACAGGAAUAAAGACUGAUGACAGCAAGAAAGAACCAUUCACCGAAUUGAAUAAAAUUCUGGACUGUCUAAAGCAGCGUAAUCUCGAACCAGCAUUAGAAUGGGCUAAAAAUCACCGGGAGGCGUUGCUCGCCCAAAAUUCAUCACUCGAAUUUAAAUUACAUCGGUUGCAAUUCAUAAGACUGGUCCAGCAAGGGCCGAGUAGUCAAGCGGAAGCUGUAAUGUACGCGAGAAAAAAUUUAACCCAAUUUGUGUCACGUCACGAGAAAGAAGUUCAGUCUUUGAUGGGAACACUUCUAUAUUUACCCAACGGUAUACAAUCGUCACCUUACAGUCAUCUACUGGAUCCAAAUCUUUGGCUUGAUAUUCAUGAUGUUUUUACUAAAGAAGCCUGUACUCUACUGGGAUUGAGUGUCGACAGUCCUCUGUCUGUUUGUGUGAAUGCGGGAUGUACUGCACUGCCGGCAUUAUUAAAUAUAAAACAAGUAAUGCAGCAAAGACAAGUUACCAACAUAUGGAAUGGGAAAGAUGAACUUCCGAUUGAAAUAGAUUUGGGUAAACAAAGCCGCUAUCAUUCAGUAUUCGCAUGCCCAAUAUUAAGACAGCAGAGUACUGAAAAUAAUCCUCCGAUGAAAUUGGUCUGUGGUCACGUAAUAUCACGUGACGCAUUAAAUAAAUUAACAAAUUCGAAUAAAAACCAAUUUGUUUCUAGGCUCAAGUGCCCGUACUGCCCAGUCGAACAAAAUCCCGAGGAUGCAAGGCUCAUUUACUUCUAAUUAUAUAUUUCUGUGAUAUCUUCUUCAAUUAUCCUUUUAAAUAAAUCAAUCUAAUAAAUAAUUAGUUAAUUAAAUACAUAACUUAUUAACUGAUUAAUUUAUUAAUUGAUUAAUCAUUUCAGUUAAUAACAUCCUCAGCAAUUAAUAGUUUCUCUGAAAUAAACCAAUGGUUAUUUGAUUGAUUGAUAAUUUAAUUAUUUAAUGACAUUAAAAAAAUUAUAUAUAAAAAAAUAUAUAUUGUUUAAUUAUUAUUUUUUUUUUGUUUUAUUGAAAUAAUAGAUAAUGAGUGAGUCAAGU